AUGAUCCAAUCGGGUAUGUUCUUCGCCCUCCGGGUGCUGUUCGUUGUCUUUGUGAUGUUAACUUCCGCCCCGGUGGAAAUUGCAUUGGGCGACGACAGUGAAUUGAAAUCCAACGCAACAUUUUCCAAGGGGAAAUCGAUUCCCUUUCAAGCUGAGGUAAGCAAGAUGCUUGACAUCCUCAUUCAUUCACUGUACACCAACCGCGCUGUCUUCUUGCGCGAGUUGAUUUCUAACGGCAGUGACGCCCUGGACAAAAUUCGCAUGCUUUACCUCACGACCCCGAAGGAGCCCGUGAACAAGGACGGUGAGGCUCCAACAAUGGAUAUCCGCCUGUCGGUGGACCCUGAGCAGAAGACGCUGACUCUGCGCGAUGGUGGAGUGGGGAUGACCCGACAGGAGCUGGAGGCCAAUCUCGGUUCUCUUGGGAGCUCGGGGACAAAGCGUUUUAUGGAGAAACUACAGGAAACGAAGGAUUCAAAUCUUAUCGGACAGUUCGGCGUGGGUUUUUACUCCGCAUUCCUCGUGGCCGAGCGCGUGCGUGUCGCAUCAAAGAGUGAUGACGACGAAAAGCAAUGGGUAUGGGAAUCCGCAGCGGAUGGGCAGUAUUAUGUAUAUGAAGAUGAGCGCGGCAACACACUCGGACGCGGGACGGAGAUAACUCUGGAGCUGAAGCCCGACGCGCUUGAUUUCCUUUCACCAGAGACCGUGCGUAACACAGUUCGCCAGUACAGCGAGUUUGUGCACUUCCCUAUUAGGAUGAAGCGGGGGGAAGAGUGGGAUGUUCUGAACGAGAACCAGCCUAUCUGGACACGUAAGCCCUCUAAUGUGUCCAAGGAAGAGUAUGAAAAGUUCUACAUGGCUCUCUCUCGCGACUACCGUCCGCCUAUGUAUUACUCCCACUUCAACGUUGAGGGAGAGGUCGAAUUCAGUUCAGUUCUCUUUGUUCCCCAAGAAGUCGCCCAGGAAAACUUCAUAAACAAUGAGAAUACACGGGAUAACAUCAAACUGUACGUGCGCCGCAUCUUCAUCACGGACGAAUUCCGUGAGUUACUUCCGAGGUACCUUAACUUCGUGAAGGGUGUCGUUGACAGCAAUGACCUCCCCCUCAAUGUGUCCCGUGAGGUACUUCAGGAGAGUCGAAUUUUACGUGUGAUAAAGAAGAAACUCGUGCGGAAGGUGCUUUCCAUGUUCGCGGAAAUUGCGGCUAACGACGCCAGAAUGAAGGAGCAGGGUAAUGUAAGCGAGGAAGUAAACGCAGAGGUGAAUACAACAAACUCCACCUCCGGCAGCAAGAAGAAGGGGCCACUCUAUCCCAAGUUUUGGGCCCAGUUUGGUAAACACUUGCGCCUCGGUAUCCUCGAGGAUGCCAACAACCGAGGGAGGCUUGCGAAGCUUCUGCGCUAUGUUUCGAGCAAAAGCAACGGCACCCUCGUCAGUUUUCAGGAGUACAUAGACCGUAUGCAACCCAACCAGAAGGGCAUAUAUUAUAUGACGGGUGACUCCGUGGAGAAGAUGAUGCAAUCGCCACACAUGGAGGAACCGAAGAUGCGCGGUGUGGAGGUACUCUUGAUGACGGAUGCCAUUGACGAGUAUGUUGUUGGACAAGUACACGACUUUGCUAACAAGAAGCUUAUCAAUAUUGCCACUGACAGUGCACAGCUUGACGACGUUACAGACAAACAGAAAGCAAUCGAAAAGAAACGCAACGAAAAGUUCCGGCCCCUCACCGAUGCACUGACGCGCGUCUUCAAGGGCAAUCGUGUCCGCAAGGUGAUCCUCACAAAGCGAAAGACCUCUGAGCCAUUCAUCUUGUCUUCGCAAGAAAAUGAAAUGUCACCACGCUUGGCCAACAUAAUCAAGCAGCAGGCUGUUUCUUCUGAUCACUCUGUGUUCCACACGCUUGUGCUGGAGAUUAACUACCGUCAUCCUGUUGUGCAACAGCUGCUUGCUCGAUUUCAAGCCAAUGCAAACGAUCAGGUUGCACUAGACAUCGCGUGGGUUCUUUUCGGCACGGCGAGUUUGCAGGCGGAUUCUCCGGUGCCAGACCAGGCGAUGUACGCGAAGCGCGUGACGCGGUUGGUGCGUGGACGGAUGGACCUCCCCCUUGAUGAUGCGCUUCUACCACCCGAUGAUAACGAGUACGACGUGGAAGGUGUGAAACCUGACACUGUGGAUUCCGAAGAGGAGGUGUUGCUCCCAGUGGAUAAUGAUGAGGAGGGGACGAAGGGCAAGUCGGCUGAAAAGGGGCAAAAGAAAUCUUCAGAGAAGGUGGAGAAGAAGCCUGGGAAGAAAUCCACUGGAGCCAAUGCUGGAGACUUGUAA